AUGCAUCAAGAUCAAUUUCUUCAAAAUAAUCUUAUGCUUAAAACUUCAAGAUUAUCCAGGAGUAAUUUAAUUGAACCUAUGACAAAUUCUUCUAGCACAAGAAAAGUUUCACUAUUGCUUCAUGUGGAAACCAAAGAAGUGCUGUAUGGUUCAUCACCAUUAGGAAGUUUUGCUGAUUUUGUAAAAGGCUCAUAUUCAAAUGAAAAAUGUAGAUAUUUCAUAAAGCAAUCACCAG